AUGUCAAGGCAGACAGACACUUACGAGCUCUUGGUGCAGCACACUGUGCGUGAUGUACUGUUUAGUGAACCCUCCAACGAGAAGCAAACACCUGCCAAACAUAUGAGCAUGGCAGACAAGAUUGAAAUUCAGAAAGACUCGCUUCUGUCCCUGUUGCUCAAUUCUGAGAACGAGAACCCUGCUGAAAACGAGGACAAUAAUGCUGAUGAAGCUCGUAGUUCAUGGCUAUUAGAUUGUCCGUUCUGGUCCAUUGAACGUUUACGACGCGAAAAAGCUGCUAUCAAACGGUAUCUCCAUAGUCAAAAGUUCCAAGACAACGGCAACAAAUUGUCUGGUGAUAUGCUGAUGCUUCACGAAGCCUAUGCGCUGCUCAAGCUUUUCCUUCUUGAACGAGAUCCCGCCUAUCUGCAGUAUUUGCAGCAAUCCAUCGGCUGCAGCAGUUCGUUCCUCACAUCAUUGCAUGUACAGCUCACACUGUACGCAACGUACUUCGAGCGAGCUCACGGAAGACAGAUCUCGAAAAAGACCGACGUAGAGCCGAUUGGGACGCUCUAUGAAUUGUUCUUGAAACAAACCGAGUAA